UGUGUGUGUGUGUGUGUGUGUGUGUGUGUGUGUGUGUGUGCAUGCACAGUGCAUAUAAAAGGAGCUACAGAGUCAGCUGAGGCAGCACUCCUCCUCUCCUCCUGAUCAGAGACAAACUGAACGCCUGUUUUGGUGGCACCUCUCCAAUCUUGAGCUUAUGCCAGAGUCUUUGGGUGACUGAUGAUCAAGUGGGACUCAUCAUUGAACACACCUGGCUGCUGAUUGGAAUCUCUCAGUUGGACCAAGAAACAUUAGGUCUCAUACAAGAAACGAUGUGAGUGAAAAUUUUACAAGUGGUUGAGAGCGCUCUGACUAAGAUAAGAGGAAAACAUUGUGAUUGUGGUCCAACACAAGCCUGUUUUGGUGGCACCUCUCCAAUCUUGAGCUUAUGCCAGAGUCUUUGGGUGACUGAUGAUCAAGUGGGACUCAUCAUUGAACACACCUGGAUGUUGACCUGAGAAUACUUCAUUUUAAGGAAGAGCAGAAAACGUACACUUUUACUGCAGACGUUAAGUCUCAACUGUUGUUUUCUGAUUAGAACUAGCUCCUACCUCCCAGAGGGUUGGUCCUGGUAUCAUCUGAUUGUAAAUUCAGUAUUUCAAAACUGUGUGCAGAGGUGCAGGCUGUUAUGGGUCUCAUUAUUAGCAAAAUUCUUGCUGGUGAACCCCAGACAGAAGGAGAGUCAACUAGUAUAACAGAGAAUCCAGAGAAUACUGAACAGCUUAAUGAUGUUGUUGAAGAAAAAAGCACACCGCUUCAACCCCAGACAGAAACAGAGUCAACCAGUGUAACAGAGAAUCCAGAGAAUACUGAACAGCUUAAUGAUGCUGUUAAAGAAAAAAGCACACCGCUUCAACCCCAGACAGAAACAGAGUCAACCAGUGUAACAGAGAAUCUAGAGAAUACUGAACAGCUUAAUGAUGCUGUUAAAGAAAAAAGCACACCGCUUAAACCCCAGACAAAAACAGAGUCAACCAGUGUAACUAAGAAGCAAAAGCCAAUUCAACAUCUUGCUGAUGCUGUUAAAGAAAAAAGCACACCGCUUAAACCCCAGACAAAAACACAGUCAACCAGUGUAACAGAGAAUCUAGAGAAUACUGAACAGCUUAAUGAUGCUGUUAAAGAAAAAAGCACACCGCUUCAACCCCAGACAGAAACAGAGUCAACCAGUGUAACAGAGAAUCCAGAGAAUACUGAACAGCUUAAUGAUGCUGUUAAAGAAAAAAGCACACCGCUUAAACCCCAGACAAAAACACAGUCAACCAGUGUAACUAAGAAGCAAAAGCCAAUUCAACAUCUUGCUGAUGCUGUUAAAGAAAAAAGCACACCGCUUAAACCCCAGACAAAAACACAGUCAACCAGUGUAACUAAGAAGCAAAAGCCAAUUCAACAUCUUGCUGAUGCUGUUAAAGAAAAAAGCAAACUGCUAAAACUCCAGACAGGGUCUCUGCCUGUUUAUAAAAUUACCCUAAAAAAAGAACAAAUCAAAGUCGCUGGGUGCAAGCGUUUCAGUUUGGGGAAAGAAAUAACUAAACCUAAUCGCACCAUUAUGGUUCUGGGAGCCACUGGUGCUGGAAAGUCAACUCUCAUCAAUGGGAUGAUCAAUUACAUUCUGGGUGUUAAAUGGGAGGAUUCAUAUCGGUUUAAGUUAGUUGAUGAGGAUCAGUCAACAUCACAAGCUCACAGCCAGACCUCUGACGUCACUGUGUACAAUAUCAACCACCAGGAGGGGUUUAAAAUAGAGCACUCACUGACCAUUGUUGACACUCCAGGGUUUGGAGAUACAAGAGGCAUAGAAAGAGACAGAGAGAUCACAGAACAGCUCCGUAAUCUCUUCUCUGCUAAGCUUGGUGUCAGUGACAUUGAUGCUGUGUGUUUUGUAGCUCAGGCUGCUUUGGCCCGACUCACACCAACACAGAAAUAUGUGUUUGAUUCUGUGCUCUCAAUCUUUGGCAAAGAUAUUGCAGAAAACAUCAGAGUUCUGGUGACGUUUGCAGACGGCCAGAAACCACCAGUUCUUGAGGCAAUCAAAGCCUCAGGUGUCCCGUGUCCUCAAACAACAGAGGGACAGCCACUUCACUUCAAAUUCAAUAAUUCAGCGUUGUUUGCAGACAACAAAUCAUCUGCAGCAGACAGCAUGAGUGAGGAUGACGAAGAUGGAAGCUUCGAUAAGAUGUUUUGGGACAUGGGGACAAAAAGCAUGAAGAGGUUCUUUGCUGCUUUAAAUGUCAUGGACACCAAAAGCUUGACCAUGACAAAAGAGGUCCUCAGAGAGAGACAGCAGCUCGAGAAUUCAGUUGAAAAUUUGCAGACACAUGUUAGAGUUGGGUUAGCUAAGCUCGAAGAGUUAAAAGAGACAACUGACAAACUGAAAGAGCACGAGGCAGAGAUCAGCAGAAAUGAGAACUUUGAGUUUGAAGUCACUGUCAUGAUGCCUGUUCAAAAAGACAUUUCUGGUUCUGGAAAUUACAUCACCAACUGUCAGCAGUGUCAUUUCACCUGUCACUAUCCCUGUGCAUAUUCCAAUGAUGCAGAUAAGGCUCGCUGUGGUGCAAUGGGACCAGAUGGAAAAUGUAGACAGUGUCCAGGCAAAUGUAACUGGAAUGUACAUUUUAAUCAGAAGUACAAAUGGGAGUAUAAGGAGGUUACAGAAAAACGAACAGUGACAGAGCUGAAAGAAAAGUACCUACAGGCCAACGAGGCAAAGGCACCUGUUGAGGCACUGUUUGGAAAACUGAGGGCUGCAUAUGAUAAUGUGCACAAACAGGUGGUGAAAUUUAUGGAGAUGUCUGCUCGGUGUCUAAACAGACUUAAAGAGAUAGCACUGAAGCCAAACCCUCUCUCCACUUCAGAGUACAUUGACAUGCUUAUUGAGGGAGAGAAAUCUGAGGCCAAGCCAGGCUGGAAGCAACGAGUUCAGUCCCUGAUGGCCAUGAGAGAAAAAGCACAGCUCAUGGCUAAAGUAGGAAGAGGAGAGAAACUCCUCAGACCAUCAGACCAUUAAUAUAUGAAGAAAUAAAGAACAAGACAGGAUUGUGAGUGACGCUGAUCAAGGCCCAGGGGGGAAUCAAGACGCAUAGCUGAGACAACCAAGUUACGAUGAGUGCCUGUGCUCAUGGGACCUGUAGUUUUUUGUGCUCACAGAGUAAUUGUUGUUUAAAUCACAAAGGUUUCAAUUUGUUUUAGCAACUGCUGCAUUGGAGCUGAUUUGUUUUAGAAUAUAAAAGUAAAGCUUAACAGAAAUGCUGAGCAUGUACUGAGUUACAGAAAGCAGUGGAACAGAAACUAGACAGGGAGUGAAGUCAGGAAUAUGGCUCUCUAUUCAGCUCAGACAGCUACUGGAGGAAAGGCGUGUGUGAUUUCUUUGUGUUUCUGUUUUGUUGUUGUGGUUGUUUUUAAUGCUAAAUGAAUGAAUAAGCAGAAGUUAGAAACAUAUUGUCACUUCACUGGUAGUUCUUGCUGUAUUUGUUUUUUUACCUGGGGAAUUUAAUUACGAACAAGCCAUCCAGCUGUCGCAGCUACUAACAGGCCACAAUAUUAACACAAUGUAUUCAGUUGCCAGAAACAAGAAACGAUGCAGGCAUUAAAUGAACUCAACACACUUCUCACAGUUUCUCCACAUGAUUUAAUAAGAAGUGAUUAAAUCCCCUUGAGCUAACAAUAAAUUAUUCUGUUAAAUACUUGUAAUCCACUAUCACUGUCCUUGUGCUCACUGCAGCCAAGAUCCUUCUCUGCUUGUGCCGUUUUGCCAUUCAGGUGUGUACGCAAGGAUAAAACAAUCAAUACAUCCUGAAUGAGAGAUCACUCCCACCUCUUAAGAUGCUGUCAAGGCAUCGAUUGCAAAACUGAAGGCUAAAUAUGAUCUUGUGCUGGCCAAAUUGGUGAAACUGAAGUCAAGUGUUUAAACAGACUUACAGAAAUCAAGGGAAAUGCUCCCUGCACUCCAGAGUACAAUGACUUGGUUACUGAAUGAAAAAUGUAAGGCAAUGCCAAGCUGGAAGCAACGAGUUCAGUCCCUGAGAGUCAUGAGAGAAACACAGUGUAUCUCCAUAGUGAGAGACUCUGACUUAAAAUACUUUGACCAAGAAAAGCUUAAACAUGAAUGUGUCUGAGACAAAGAAUGAAACUGCUCACCGUUUUCUUUUGUACAACUGUAUUCCUGCAGGACUUAUUUACAUGUGCUGUUUGCAAAAAAUAAAUGAAUAAAGAUUUAUCAUGUGUGGUGAUGAAUGUUUAAGCAUGACCAUGUUUUGUGCUGAAACCAUUAACUGCCUGACACCAGUAACACCAGUAACACCAGUAACACCAUUGAUGUGUAUAGAACUGCAUUUUAUUGUUCUGUAGUAAAAAGUUGU